AUGCAUUUGCCCUCGCUUCUUUCACUAGCCACGCUGCUUGUGGCAAGCUUGAACCCUGCACAGGCCAAAAAACACACGGCUAAGGUUUACAAGAACAAGAUAGAGUCGGAAAACGCGGACUUUUUGGUGUCCAAAAGCGCAUCGCUUCUGGGAGACAAGUAUCUGAAGCAAUUUCUGAGCGCGUAUCCCGACGCGAAUUUUGGCUCAAACAAAGUUCAGUCGGCUUUCGAAUCCUUAGACGCUGACGAAGAAGAGCUGUGGGUUCUUGGCAGCCACGACGUGCCUCUAUCGAACUACCUGAACGCGCAGUAUUUCACCGACAUAACUUUGGGAACGCCCCCACAGAGCUUUAAAGUCAUUCUGGACACCGGCUCUUCAAACCUGUGGGUUCCUGGCUCCGAGUGCGGCUCCUUGGCGUGCUUUUUGCACUCCAAGUACGACCACGAGUCUUCGUCGUCGUACAAGGCCAACGGCACGGAAUUUGCCAUCCAGUACGGAACUGGGUCUUUGGAGGGCUACAUCUCCCAGGACACCCUGAGCAUCGGUGACUUGACCAUCCCCAAACAGGACUUUGCCGAGGCCACCUCUGAACCGGGACUAACGUUUGCAUUUGGUAAGUUCGACGGUAUCCUGGGCUUGGGCUACGACACAAUUUCCGUGAAGAAAGUGGUUCCUCCCAUCUACAAGGCUAUCGAGCAGAAGCUACUGGAUGAACCCAGAUUUGCCUUCUACCUCAACGACGCCGACAGCGCCGAAGAAUCCGUUGGUGAAGUGUCGUUUGGCGGUAUCGACAAGUCCAAGUACAAGGGCGAUAUCACUUGGUUGCCCGUUCGCCGUAAGGCCUACUGGGAAGUCAAGUUUGACGGUAUCGGACUAGGCGAUGAGUACGCCGAGCUCGAGAAUACUGGUGCUGCUAUUGACACCGGAACCUCCUUGAUUGCUUUGCCCUCUGGACUUGCCGAGGUGCUAAACUCGGAGAUUGGCGCCAAGAAGGGCUGGACUGGUCAGUACACUGUCGACUGUGAGACCAGAGAUCAGUUGCCAGACUUGACCUUCACCUUCAACGGCCACAACUUCACUAUUUCCGCUUAUGACUACACUCUGGAAGUGUCAGGUUCGUGCAUUUCUGCAUUCACGCCAAUGGAUUUCCCAGAACCCGUGGGUCCUCUGGCGAUCAUUGGUGAUGCGUUUUUGCGUAAGUUUUACUCUGUCUACGACUUGGGCAACAAUGCGGUUGGUUUGGCCCAAGCCGUUUAG